CGUGUACUCUCAAGACUUCGAUCAUUAGGAACUCUUGUGGUUAAGUAGCUACCACAAGGAAUGCUGCCUGCACUUGCUGGACAUGCUGCUCUGAGCUUCAUAUUGUGUCUUUUCUGCACUGCAGGGACUGGAUUGGCAUCAACAAAUUCCACAGACAAUACAACACUCUUACUAGAAGUCAAUUCGGACAUAGUUCUGUUUUCGAUUCAAAACACUUCUCAUGGCAUUAGCAUUGCAGUCACUCCUCUGUGCCCCAAUCAAGAUGACUGUUUUGCCCCCCAAUCUCUACUAAUAGACGGUAUUUUCUUGCCUGAAGAAUGUACGAAUGUCCCCUGUAACGAGCACCAACUUGUCAUCACCAAGGCAUUGGAUAAUAAUUCUACAAUCCAAUAUGUAAUAGGAGUACCAACCGUUCAAUCUUUGCUGCUGCUACGGUUCCAUUAUCAUGUCCAAUCACAUAUAUUUGAGCUGGUCGAGAAAGCUACUGUAAAUCGAGGAAUUGUUCAAUACAACUGUAAUCCAACAGCAAUUGUGUCUUUGAAGGAGGUGUACUAUACGCUAUGCGUGAAUAAUUCUGAAAAUCGACUAAUUGUUCUUGAAAUAGAUAAUCUUGAAAAAUUCAGUGAUGUUACCUUUAAUUCAGUUUUAGAGAGUUUGGUCGAUAUAAACCUCCCAAUAACGGACAUCUCAGUGGUAACCAGACAAUCGAAAUUGUAUAUCUUGUUUGUUGGAGGAUCUGAAUUGACUGCUAUAGACAUUGGAGUGUUUGACUUUCAUUCUCAAAAUUUUGUGGAUUGUACUGAAAUAAUUUACAGAAUGCGUCUACGCAAUGACACGAAAAGUGACGACACAAUUCCUUACCUGCUCUACUGUAGUGAGAACUAUGGGUUGAUUGACAUUGAGGAUGACUUUAACCCACCACUGUCCUAUUACUACAAUGAGACUGGCUACCCUGUAAUUUGCCAAGAACGAGAUGCUAUCGUUGCACAGAUUACAGUCUUCAAAGACGGUGUGAAUAGUAUUCUACGACAUAACGGCACAAACUUUACUUUACCUGGGCAAGCAAUUUCAUUUGAAGAUAGCUCGUGUUUUGGAUUCGAAGAUACUCUAUUGUACGUUUACAGUGACCAGGAUUUAGGUACAGUAAUUGUUCACUUGCAAAAGCAUAUUUUAAGGGAACUGCUAAUUGUGAAAUGUCAGCCAUUAAUCUAUUCCUCUUCUGUGCUCAACAAUCGAUACGUCUUGCAGAAACAAGAGUACAGUGAUUCCAACAUUACUCUGAUAUUGUACGACAUGCAACAACAAAAGUUUGUGGCUGAAACUGCAAUCGAGCAUUCUACAAGCCUAAUACAACUGCUUGAAUUACCACAGCCACAACAACCCGAUUGGUCGAUCAAAUUUACCACCCCAUUAACCAUUGGAGUGGUUGUUGCGUCUAUAAUUGCAAUUUGUGUAUUGGUUAUUGCAAUCAUCGGCAGGUAUUGUAAAAGUCGGAGAAGAGAGAUAAUAAGGGAGCCACUUUUUCCACCAGGAGAGCAGGCUGAAGUAAAUGCAGCACCAUAUGCACAUGUAUACAACAUACCAGCCCCACUACCACUCCCACCACUACUACCAUUACCACUCCCACCACCAUCACCACUACUACCACCCCCACCACCACCAUCACCACUACUACCACCCCCACCACCUGCACCACUCAAUGCUGCCCCCAAUAACAAUCUAUUAAUUUUUCUCUAAUAAUAUAUGAAUGGUCCCUGCAUGAGUUUUUGGGUUACCACUAAUUUGACCACCACUACCCAGUAAUGUUUUUAUAGAAUUGUAUGGACUGUAGUUUUUAUAAUAUUUUAAUUUACUUCCCCGCCCUGAACUGCAGUUAUAACAUCAUUUUUUGUAUAAUUAUUAUGCUGUGCACUGAUAAAAAAAAGAAUAGAAACCUA